ACAGUCAUUGCAGCUAAAAAUGUCCAUUUCUGGAAAUUCAAAAUGGCGGACCAUGGAGAAGAUCCCCCUUCUCAGGUUCCUCUGAUGACAAGAGACAUGCUGUCAGGUUUAGUGAUUGACACGUAGCCAUGUCACGCGAGACACAACACUCUAAGGUAUAAAAGCAGCACCUGUGGACUCCACAGACAGAAGUCUCCCAAAGCUGCAACUUGGGUCACUUGACAGCAAAGCUGCUGGUAUCACCUGGUACCUGGUAACAGCAUCCUCUGGUAAGAGCUGCAUUGCUUGGCAACAGCAUCCUCUGGCCACAGUCGCUGCAUCACCAUGAAGACACUGAAGACAGUCUGCUCUCUUCUGCUUCUCCUUUAUGUUGGAGGCAUCAUGUGCAAGGCAAUAGACUCCAGCUCUGGUGAAGAGGAUGAGGGAGACCUGGCAGAGGUUGAGCGCAUGAUCGAAGACCUGGCAAAACGACCCACAUAUGAGGAAUCAAAAAGCUUUGAAGCGCUGGAUGACCUGGAAGUCCCUGCCCUGACAAAUGACACAGAUGGAUCAUCGGCCAAGAGAACUAAGAGAUAUGUAAAUUCCUUCAAUGGUUACUUUUACGCUGUCUGUCCAUCCGGUCAAACCAUCUCUAGGAUUUCCAGUUACCACAGUAAUGCCUAUGAGGAUCGUCGGUUCAGCUUCAGCUGCAAAUCCACAUUCAGCUCCACCCCCACGUGCACUGGUAGUGGAUGGGUGAACAGCUUUAAUGGUGUUCUCUCCUACACCUGCCCUAGCAACUACGUCAUGUCAGGAGUAGCCAGUUACCAUAGCAACUCCUACCAGGACCGCAGGUUCUACAUCAGGUGUUGCAGAGCCCCUGGCCAUUACCACCACAGCUGCCGUUGGACCCCCUGGGUGAACUACUAUGAGGAGUACUUCAACUGGUAUGUGCCCAACUACAACUACCUGGCCGGAGUCUACUCCAUCCACCACAACUCUCCCCAGGAUCGCCGCUUCAGGUUCCUCUACUGUGCAAAGUACUGAGGACCUUGACAGAAAGAAGUACAACACUGUCACAUGAAAACAAUGUUUCUAAAUGAAGCGUUUGUGUCCUGACUCCUGAUAACCUAGUGUGUUCUCUGUCUUUUGCAUGUCCUUCUUUUUAUUAUUUAGUGUUUCUCUAUUGUAGGAAUUUUAGUCUUCAUUAUUUGUCAGUCCUACCCAAUUUUCAUAC